AUGAAUUGUUUUUAUGGUGUUGUGGCAAACAGCACCGGUAUUAAAGCACUAAAUCUUUCAAAAAGUUACAACGGUACUGGUAUCUUCCGCUUGGAGAAAAUUACAGUCAAUAAUUCCCAUGUGGGUGUUAUGUUGAAAAAUCAUUAUUCUCUUUCCAUAGACCUAAGGGAAAUUGCCAUUACAAACUGUUAUUCUGGGGUGUUUGUUUCAAAGACAAUGUUCACAAAGGUUAAAAUGUCUGAACUAAUGUUUGAUACUGGCGUCAAUGCUAUAAUAAUAAGGACAAUACCUGGAUACUUUGAACAAGUCGAUCUUUGUGAUGACAGCUAUUACUUCUACAAUGCAUCAUUUCCCGUGGAAAUAAUUCAUUCAGAUUUCAGUUCCCCUCAACGAAGUUCUUGUUCUAUGGUGAGUUUAUCUAUUAACAUAACAAUAAUCCGUUUAACUAUAAAUUUAACAUUGCUUUUAUUGACGUUUCUAUCGCAUACGGCUAUUUCAUGUAAUUUGGUAUACUUCUCACGAUUUAAUUUUGCGCACUUUAGUUUCCGGGCUAGUAAUUUCGCGCAUCUCGCAGAGGACUAAUACAAUAGGAAACGACAUUUAAAUCACGGUACUUACUUUCAAUAGUACGUACCUAUAAACAUAAAUAAUUUUAUAUACACAUUUUAUGAUUGGUUUUCUGAAACAAAAUUGAUCAGUGUUCAGAGUAUUAAUGGAAUAAUGAUUCUCAGGGCUAAGUAUAGUCGUGACCAUAGAAAUACAUGCAUAUAGAAACCCCUCGCAUUGCUAACCAAGCAACUAUAUAGAAACAUAAAGUGGUUGCCAUGGUAACAUGGUGUCACAGCAUAUUGGUACCAUGGAGUCUUGAACAAAAACAGCCUGCACCGAUUUUGACAGUGAAUGCGCUGAAUAAAUGUAUCAACUUCAUGUUUGCCUGAAGCCAAAAAUGAACCCCAGACACCCCUGCCUGGGGUUCAUAUUUGGGAAAGGAGGGGGGGGGGGGGGCAAUUUUGCUUGUACAAGAUAUUUUUACGCUCGAGGCUGUACGGGAUAUUUUUUGCCCCGACAUGCUUGCAGGAUAAUUUGUUGCUGUUAGAAAUAUUAGAAAAGAUAUAGGUAGAUCGUGUCAUCGUGCCGGUAGUCUGUCCGUUUAAAUAAUAGUUUCAAUCCGCACUGAGCAUUUAAGAUCUUUAGGGGUGGGGGGGUGGGGGGAGUUUGGGGCCAUUCUCCUGGGAAUAACAAAUUCCUGCAUUCUGGGAAAUUUACUAAUUUAUUAAUUUCUGGAAAUUUUUAGAAAUUUAUUAAUUAAUUUAUUUAUUUAAGGGUCUAGCUUGAAAAUAGAGCCCUUAAUUUCGAUUUCAUCAGCAUAUUUUAGUUAGACGUUAUUUAUUUUUUGUAUACUUGAUGAGAUUCAAAAUUUGUUGUAUAUUCAAGCCCGACUUCAGUGUAAUUUUGGUGAUGACUAUAAAAGAAAUGAAGAUAUUUUAAAAACUGGCCGUGACGUCACGAAAAAACUUUCUAAAAUUGUUCUCUGUUUCGAAUUUUGUCCUUUUUUCGCCAAUUUGUAAAACGCCCUGCAACAUGAAAUAUUUGUAUCUUCGCAGUCAAUACGGAAAAUUAAAUGUAAAUGUGUUUAUUAAGUUUCUGACAUUGCAACCAAAGAUUGAAAUACUUAUAAUAAUAAUUAAUAUUACAGGUGAUUAUAAUUUAUGUAUGACUAAUUAUUUUUACAACAAUUAAUUAAGAUUUAAGAUAAUGAAUUCAUAAUAAUGUCUAUAAAAAGUAUCACUACCAUUAAAAUAUCUAUGAAUAUAUUUAUGGUAGCACCGAGUCGGCUAUCAUGCAGCCAUGUACGACGAGAGCGAAUGGUAUAAUUGUUUUAUAAUAUAGUCUAAUAGCCAGUAACUGAAGCAAUAAUUAAUUAUCCUCUGUUACAAUGUCUUGACAAUUUGUUCGGCCAAAAACCGCUUGGCCUUUAAAAUUUGAAAUACUUUUGUUUUACAACUCGAAGACGAAUUGAAAAAAAUGGUUUUAGAACCGGUAUAUCUCACAGAAACGCUCAGAUAUAUUAUACAGAUGUUUGGUAUAGUAAGUGCUAGAAAUCUAAACCUGCAUGCGGAAAGGAGGGACUGCUCGCAGUCUAAGUAAGUGCUUGUUGACUGCAAAUUCAUUUGUCUUUCGUUGCAAACUUUUCUGAACAAUUAAUAUAUUUCUCGGUAUCAAUUCUUUAAAAAACUUGUAUUUAACUAAUUUCUAUGUAAUAAAUGUAUUUUGCUAACCUGUCAAAUAUUUUUGAGAGUUUUUCCUUUAGACCAUUGGGCGAAAUUGCUAUCUUUCAGUUUGAAUAACGAAACUACCUAAACUUUAGUUAUUUAGUUAGAUCACAGUAUGAUAAAUAUAAAAUCAAAUAUUUGUUCCAAAAUUUCAUUUGCAAAAUGUGAAAAUUUUAUCUUUUUGACCCUUUUUACAGCUUCGGGGAUAAUGGGGGUUUAACAGGGAACAUAUCAAGAUUUUGACGGGAUAAUAGGGGUGUAAUGUUGAUAGGGUUAGAAACAACAUGGCGGCUUCAACUUCUUAUCAACUUCUGCCCAAAUUUUGCCUUAUUUGAAUAACAAGUGUUAUUUACAUAUUGUUGAUGUGCAAAGUGCGAUAUUAAACCGCUAACAAGUAAGAAGUUAGAGACAUUAGUAAAACGAAUCGAAGAUUGGAAAGGUUUAUACGGAAAACAACUUGACAUUGCUCAUUUUGGAAAGAAAAGGAUUGACCGAUUUCGUUGAUAUAAAUAGUGGCCUGAUUCGGUUGGAAGAUGCCAAACAACAUUAUCCAGAUUUUGGAUUCCACGAGGAGUGCUAUAAAAAAUUUACUAAUAUAUCUAUUAUAAACAAGGUAAGUUUGUCAAUUUAAUUUUACAGCAUAUUGUAAUUUGUAAUAUUAUACUUUUUUUUGGAAAUUAUGGGAGUAUUAUUUGCAUUAGUUAUAUUAAAUUUGUUUAAAUGUAUUUCUUAUAAAGUAUUAAAAAGCUAUGCUAAAAUGUUAUGCAAUACCGUAAUAGCCUUUUUUUUGUAGUAGUAUUUUGUAGUUAUAUAUAUGUGCCAUUGUGUUAGAUAGUAGAUUAUUUAUUUCUAUAUGCAGGCAAGGAGAACUUUAGAGAGAAAAAGGAAAAUGGAAGAAGAACCAGCUGUACCACCAUCAAAACCCAAAAUGCCAUUUCUCCGAAGCGAGGUCCCAAAGAUAUCCCAACAACCACAUACAAUUCUACCCAAGUUGUGUAUUAUUUGCAAAAAGCUAACUAAAAGGACUAAGAUUAAGGGAAAGUGGGUGCAUGAAUCAUUGUCUAAAGCAGAAACAUCAGAUGCAGGUAAGAUUGAGAUAAAAAGCCCAAAGUAGAAGGGAUGUUCAGUAUGUGUGUAUUCGUAUCACGUUGGUUAUUUUCUGCUUAAAAUAUAAUGAUUUAUAGUCAACUUAUCAAGUGUAGUCUAUCAAAGGCACACUAGUGCACACAUUUUCCCACUUUUUAGGCACACAUUUUCAAAGGCACACAUUUCCCAACUUUUUAGGCACACAUUUUCAAAGGCACACAUUUUCCCACUUUUUAGGCCUGCUUCGUAGUGCUGCUGAAAGGAUAGAUGACGAAACUAUCUUGAAGGACAUUAGAGGAAAAGACUGUUCAUGUAUUGAGGUCCAGUACCACAAGAGCUGCUACAAUGAUUAUGUCCGUGUUUUAAAAGGAAAUGACUCUGUUGGUGAAAAGUAAGUUUUGACUUUUAUAGUUAAUUUUUGUAGAUAAUGUUUCAGAUGUCUUUGUUGUUGUUUACCUUCACUUGAAAAUUAACAAUACAAAUAGGAAAUAAAGUACAUUUUCCAGCCAUCAAGUGAGAAAAAAAAAUUUAUUCUAUAGGUGUACAAAAAAAAAUAUUGCCUCUUAGAAAAUCCCCCCCCCCCAUCACUUAUCACUUUUCUAAUGGUCCGUCCCUUAUGGUUACAUGUUACGUUUUAGGAAAACAAACUUCUUUUCUGAGCACAAAGCAGGUUAUGAUGCUUUCUGUAAAAUAGUGAUCAAAGAAAGGUUAGAAGUGAAUUGUGAGAUUCUGCGCUUGACGAAAUUGCAGCAACUACUUCUCAAACAUAUACAGCUUGAAGAACGUGUGCACCUAGAAAACAUACGUUAUGGGCUUAUAUAUCAUUAUAUGCAUUAAUUUAUUAUUUUAGAAACAUUUUUUUGUAAAAAUGUCACAUCUCUUGAUUGUCUUAGUUGGAUAAUUACCCAUUUUUUCUCUUUAAGAUCUGAUAUGUUGAGAGUGAGAUUACAAAAGGAUUUUGAGCAACUUGUGUUUCACAUUCCAUCAAGAAGGUUUGUAAAUCACUCAGUGUUUUUCGUUUAUAAGUGUGAAAACAUUAUGAUCAGUGCUAUACACUCAAAUAGAACUAAAAUUAUAUAUGUUUUUGACAAUUAACAUGCCUGUACUGAUAAUACCGUAUUCUUUUAGGAAUGAAUCCACAAUUGUAUAUUGUCAAAAUGUAACAGCUGGUGACAUAGCACAGCAGUACUUGCCUACAAGUCAAGUUUCUAGUGUUGAAGAUGAAAGUGAUGAAAAUGACUCCUCAGAAGUUUUAGAAAAUGAGAUUAGAAGUAGUAGAAUUGACAGGCAUCAAACAAGUCAGGAAGGCAGUUCUGAAAAUACAUUUAAAGAAUUGUUUAUGUCAGGUUAGAAUUUUUAGAUUUUUUAGUGGUGUAUUAUUCUAAGGAGUACAAAUAUACAGCAAUAUUUGGACAGUUUGUUAUUUGGUUUAGUUUGUUACAAGCUUAUUUGGUUAGCCCAUCAAAUUUGUUGCAUGAAUUCAUUGUUUGUAUUUGACUCGACAAACGAAAUGUAUAAAUGGGUACAAAAUUAAUGUAUAAAUUACGAAAUUAUUCAAAUUUAUUUGUCCUUCCCUCAAACGUAUAAUCCUAUACAAUACUCAUUACAACUUUACAACAGAGGGACAUUUUUCCAUUUUAAAGGUGUUUAUUUGAAGAACAAAAUAAACAAUGUCCAGCCAGAGCAGAGCAAAUGGUCCCCUAGAAGUAAAGACCUAAUUAAGACUAAUAUGGUACCAGUUGAACUAUUCAACCAUAGAUGCUCCGUCUCCUGACGGCUACAGCUGGUCUGUCAAAGACGGUGUUAUUGAUGUUGUGUGGAAGACCAAACCUGCGGCUCCAGAAUGUCUACUGAAGGUUGUUAAAUGUGGCUGUAAGACUACCAAGUGCAUUAAGGGUGGCUGUUCAUGUUUAACGAACAAAUUGUUAUGUACAGACAUGUGCAGAUGCAAGGACUGUGGGAAUGGGAAAGAUGACAACGAAACCGAAGUACCCGAUGAUUCAUCUCAAAUCAGCGCCGUUGAGGAUGACUUGGAUUUGCCACCCUUUAGUAUAUGAUGUUUUAUCACAAAAAAUAAACAGUUCCUUCUUUCUCAUCCGUGAUGUCUAUAUAAAGAUUAUUACAUGAAAGGUCCCUGCUGGUGUGGUGAACGUUUUCGGUUUCGUGGCGGUGUAAUGAACAGUCCCUUCCAUUUUAUGCCGUAGUGAUGUCUAUACUUACAUGAACCGAUUUUCCUUUUUCUACUUUUGGGGAUUUUUAAAAAUAAUACAUAUUACAUAAACAUAUCCUAAUAGUGAACAUGCCUGUGUACCAUCGCGCGUGCAUAUUCGCGCUUCUUGAUUACUUGAGAAAUUGAAAGAAAUUAUAAACGAUAUGAUUAAAAGAAUAUAUAUUAUUUACGAAAUUUUCCAGUACGCCUUAAAUUUUCGACGAUUAGCGUGUUUAUUCAAUUUUGCAAAUGUUACCUGAUUAAAAAUAACGUUAAAUUACAUGAAGUAUCCUGUCACAGGGGCCAAAAUAACAUGAAGUAUCUAAGUGGAGCCUUGUAAUCCAAGAUGGCGGACGGUUUUUGUUUAUACCGAAAAGUCGCGUGAAUUUGAUGAUUUUGCAAAGGAAAUUUUUGAACAAAUUUGUGUAUUUACUCUUAGUAUAUAUUCUUGCACCUAUUGACCGAGUUUUGAUUGGUUUCAUGAUUCAGGAACGAAUUUCAAUUUCUAAGCUGUUUACAAAUUUCGCCCCAUGGUCUACUUGUACUAUUAUCUUUCUCAAAGCGAAUAUUUUCAUUUUUUCUGCUUCGCAAAACUCGUGUAGUUUUUGGACCGCCAUCUUGCUAAAAAACUGAUAUACGGCGAGUAAUUCGACCAAUCAGAUUGCAGAACAGCUCAUAUACGGUGAAUGACUAUAUUAUAACAUGUUAUAUAUGUUAUAUAUGUUAUACAGCUAUUUCAAUUAAGGUUGUCCACGAGCAAAGCGGAAAAGUCGUAUACGAGCGCGAAAGGCUGCUGGGAAUCGCUAACAAAUUAAUUAAUUUUCAAAGCGGUUCCCAGCAGCCUUUCGCGCUCGUAUUCGACUUUUCCGCUUUGCUCGUGGACAACCUUAAUUGAAAUAGCUGUAUAUCAUAUUAUAAUAUAGCACUUGUAAAUUCUGAACGCUGAUUGGCUAAGAGCCGUGUUGAUAUAACUCAAUGUCAAAAUGUUUUAUAUUUGUUAAAUCUAAGUUGGCCCUUUCUGAAUACAAUGGAACUUAUUUCAGUGCAAUAACUUGUAUCAGUAGCAAUAAAAAAAAUUCGUGCAAAUAUAUUUGCAAGAAAGAAUUCUAGAUGUAGAGUUCGAUAUGCACAGAUAUUACUGUCAAAUAGUCAGAAUGCAGCAAUUUUUUAUUCCCAGAAAUUAAUAAAUUAAUAAAUAAAUAAGUUAAUUAAUAAAUUUCAAAAAUUUCCAGAAAUUAAUAAAUCAAUAAAUUUCCCAGAAUGCCGAAAUUUGUUAUUCCCAGGAGAAUGGCCCGAACUCCCCCCUAAGAAUCUUAAGUGCUCAGUGCGGAUUCCGGUGUCAAGCGAAAUUCCUGACCUUUACGAAAUACCUGACCAAGCGUAACGGGUCAGAAAUUUCGCGCGUACAGGCACGAAAUACAUGACGUUUGCUAAAUUCUAAGUCGGCCAAAAUUGGUUUUUUUUUUCAAAUCGACAUCGCUAAGUUUCAAUCACAAACACUCCAUAUGCGAUGGUACCAAAUGUUUCUAAUACAGACAUCGCCAAAUCUAAACGGCCAAGUCACGAACUCAUUGUUGCUGCGUGCUUACUAAAUAGUGAGAAUUGAGAAGGUCAAACGCGAAACGAUUUUUGGUGCUUAUGGUAAUGCAUAUAGCAUAACCUUUGAAACUGGAAUCUAUUUUAUAUCACUAAGAGCGCUCUUCGAGUGACUUUUUCCACAUCUGCGAUUUAAGCUUUAUUGUCGCUGAACGCUAACGUUCACAAUCAGUGGUAUAGAGUCAAUUCAGUUGAUUAAUUGUAGAACUGAUAUUUGAAAAUUUAUGUAUAAAUAAAAUGACUUUAUGAAUACACGUGUUGUCUGUUGAGUUGCGAAAUUUAUGAGCCAAAGUCAUCCAUGCGCAUCGUCUGCGCAUUGGCAGUUCUACAAUAGUCAGAUAUUUCGCAAGUCAGGAAUUUCGCGUCACACCGGCACAAUAGGGCGGGCCAUUUAUACGAACGAAAAUAAGUUGCGACCUAAAUAAGCCGCGGCUUAAAUAAAUAACUCGCGAACGACUCGUAUAAACAGUCAAUUUGCAAUAAGCCGCGGCUAAAAUAAGCCCAGAGUUGAAAGCUAGGCCUAACUUCGUCGCGGCUUACUGCAAAUUGACUGUUUAUACGAGUUGUUCGCGACUUAGGCCUAUUUAAGCCGCGGCUUAUUUUCGCUCGUAUAAAUGGCCCGAGUCUACCUAUAUUUCUUCUAAUAUUUCUAACAGAUGUAUCUGUCAGGCAUUAAGUUAAAAUGGACUCGCAACAAAUUAUCCUGCAAAUUAUCCUGCCCCCCCCCCCCAAAUAUGAACCCCAGGCAGGAGUGUCUGGGGUUCAUAUUUGGCUUCAGGCAAACAUGAAGUUGAUACAUUAUACAGCGCAUUCACCGUUUGUUUUUGUUCCAAGACUCCAUGGUACCUAUGUUGCAAGACUUCAUGGUACAUAUGCUGUGACACCAUGUCACCAUGGCAACCACUUCAUGUUUCUAUAUAGUUGCUUGGUUAGCAAUGCGAGGGGUCUAUAUGCAUUCAUUUCUAUGGUCACGACUAUACUACAGCCCUGAGAAUCAUUAUUCCAUUAAUACUCUGUUUAAUACUAAUCAAUUUUGUUUCAGGUUUUACUAACCAAUCAUAAAAUGUGUAUAUAAAAUUAUUUAUGUUUAUUGAAAGUAAGUACCGUGAUUUAAAUGUCGUUUCCUAUUGCAUUAGUCCUCUUCAAGAUGCGCGAAAUUAAGACAGCCAACAGGUGGGAAAAUUGACUGAACAUGCGCGAAAACUGCUCGGGUUUUCAGCGGGAGAAGAAGAUAUGCGUGCUUCCACUUGGUUGAUUUAAAAAACAUAAACAACAUGGACGAAGCCUUCGAAAGACAAUUUUGCAGCGGCUGUUUAGGCCCACAAAUCGCAAAAAAAAUCUCGGAUUCACUGACAAAAAACGUUGCAGUAAUACUUUAAUUUCCUCUAUUGCCACAUAUUUUACAAUGUAAACUAUAAAUAUCGAUUAUUUGAGUGCAAAACAAAACAAAACAUUUCCUUUUAAAAUGUCGUCUGAUAGCUUCAAUAAAAUGUGAUAUUCGAACCGAAAAUACUAAUACUUCUUCAUUUUUUACAAAGCCAAGAAAUUUAACACCGAUUUUAAAAUGUUUUGAAGUUUAAUGUAAAACAGCGAUAUGUCGUUGGCACAACCUGUAACAUGAAAAAAGUUGUGUUUAUAGAAUUUUGAACGAGCGAAAAUUGUGUUAAAAAAACCCAACAAAGUUUACGCUUCGAAAUGAGGGUCAUAGAAAAAUCUGAUUGCUAUGUGUAUCUGUAUUUUAAAUACGUUGAAAACCUAAAAAUAUUAUUUUAAAACUAUUAGGGAGUGGUCAUAAAGUAAGUGCUACCCCAGGGCGGAGGAUAUUUUUAAUUUUGUGAACAAAAUUUCAUACCCCCACAAAAUUGUCAGAUAAUAUUUGGUACCCCAUCAAGAUAACGGUCUCAAUGUUUCAUACCCCAUCAUAAAACUACAAGUUUACGGGGGGUUUUCAUGUUGAUAUGACGGGUGUGCGCUGAUAGGGCACACCCCUCAGAAAUUCUGUUGACUAAUUGCUAUUAUCCUAUAAGUUUUAUUUUAAGUAAGUUUUAUCUUUCUUUACUAAAAAUGAAAAAGAAAGUAAAAUUCACAUCCAAAAUCAGUGCUGUUUUUUGACCCCAUUGAAUACGACCACCUGUCAAAAAAUGGCGAAUAUUGCUAAUAUUUUACCCAUUUUGGUUAUUUUAUGUAAAGAGAUAAAAAACAUUUUGGAUGUGAUAUUUUUGGGUGACAUUGGGUCUUUUACAUUCAAAAAACAUACUUUUAAGCAUAUCUCAGAUGUCCAUAAACACCACUAUUUUUCUUACAAGCUGGCAUUUUUGUACCAUAUGAAAAGAUAUACAACUGAAACUGACCUGUCUCCCCAUAUAAACAAUCCAAAACAUUUUCAACAUCACUGAUUUUACCAUCAUCACUGUGACACUGUCAUUGUUGUCAUCCGACACUCUUCAACUUAUUUAUAAAUGAUAUAUCUAACAUGUUCGAUAGUUCAUGUGCCCCGGUUAACUUCGGAGAUACAGAUUUGAGCUGUUGAAACUACUUGAGCAAUGGUCAAAUCUUUUAUGAGACAACAAUGGCAGUGAUGUAUUAAAACAAACAAAUUUUGUUUCAUACCCUCUCUUUAAAGUGAUAAAUUCGUUUCAUAUUCCACCCAGAUCCCUGAAAAAAAUUUCAUACCCCAUCCCAAUAUCCUCCACCCCGGGGUAGCACUUUAUGACCGCUCCCUUAUAGCAGAAUAAGAUUACUCCGAUGCUCAUUUUCUUAGUCGCGUUUUUCGUAUAAAUUACACUUUCACAUGAAAUUUUCCAAAAUUCAGUACUUUCUUCAUAUUUUAGGCGAGUUUACAUUCUAUUAGCAAAAACUAGAAAAAAAGCACAUGUUCUGAAUAUCUAAUCACAUUUCAUUGGCACAACCUGUAUGUAUGAGAAAAUUAAGGUGAAAAACAAGCAAUUUUAGCAAAAUACCUAGCCUGCUCACAGACGUUGUAGUUCUUACUCCAAGCGACGAAAUACUACCGUCUGCUUACCCGAGGUGCAUAUUCAAUUCCUUUUGUCUUAGGAGCCAAUCAUUUGGCAGUGUUCAAAAAAGUUAGAGCCAAUUGGAAGCCGCCUUAUUGAGAGAUUAGCUACUGGGGAAAGCCCUUGACAUGCAUUGGAAUAUAUUGUUUGGGUUGAAACUUGAAAUUUGUUUACUUGCGUGGAUAUAUUUUGGAAAGUAUAGCGUUGAACUUCACGAUGUUUACGUAGAAUAAUAUUGUGAUCAUCUUCUCGCAUGUUCAGCAAACAAUCGGUGUAUAUAAAGUGCUAAAGCAGUAGGCGAAAUUUAAAUUUUUGUUAACAAUGUCAAUGACAAACAAUCAAUCGGGAAACUCGAGCAUAUCUGCAGGAUAUGUCCAAAUGUUGCUCUUGAUACUUCCUAUACAGUGGCGUAGCCAGACCUUCAUUUUUUUUGGGGGGGGCGAAGCAAACGCCGAAGGCGCGAGACCAUCUAUGGAGGUCCGGGGGCAUGCACCCCCGUGAAAAUUUUGAAAUUUAGAGUCCCUGAAAUGUGAUUUCAAGCAUUUUGGGGGUGAAAUCUUCCAGAAUUCCGAAGAUUAUAAAGUACGCUCUAGGGGGGUUCGGGGGCAUGCACCCAGGGAAAAUUUUAAAAUUUAGAGUCCCUGAAAUGUGAUUUCAAGCAUUUUGGGGGUGAAAUCUUGCAGAAUCCCGAAGAUUAUAAAGUACGUCGAUGACAUAAAUUUUCCCAGGCAUUUCUAAGUUUCUACUCGCUUUUAGAUAUGAUACAGAAUAAGUCUGAGAAGAAUAUUCAUGUUAUCAUAAUGCAUAUACAUGUAAAUCUAAACUAAAUCUAUUCCUCUUGGAACCAUAUCUACAACUGUUUUAACGAGAUUUUAGAAAUCAAGUUAUUCCAGUAUUUCGUCGUUUUCCUCAGUCGAGACGUACUUAAUCCGUUUCAGCUUCGAGGAUGUAACGUGUACCCCCCCCCCAUUUCUCUACGGAUUUAGCCUUUUUUCAGAGAAUAGUUUUUUUGCGGGGGCGACCCCCUUGCCCCCCCCCUUGGCUACGCCCCUGAAUAGGUACCAAGUUACUUCGUCUCUUUGAGUUAAUGUUUGAAGUAUUAUUAGAAUUACAGUGGUGGUAAUUCUGUCUCUGUGUAAUUCUAACAGGAAUAGCUAAGUUCUUUUUCUUAUCAUCCCAUGAACAAAUUCUAGGUAAUUCAACUAAUCUUUCUGAUUUUGUUGUGGUUGAUGGUUGGGCUGGAAAUUUCGAUGAGGUCGAUGAUUCUGAUGGGACCGGUAAUUUUGAUCGUAUCGAAGGUUUGGGUAAGGGGGGUGAUUUGGCUGAGGCCGAUAAUUUAAACGGCGCCGUCGAAAAUUUGUCAGGUGAGCGGAAUGGAGUGAUGUCUGAUGGUUCCCUCGAUGCUUGGGAAUUUCACUCACAGCAUCGAGUGGAAUCCGAUCGGUGGUUUUAGAUAUGCCACGUUGGGAUUGAGUAUUGAUUUGUCGUUUUGCAUAAUAGCCAUGCCUGUAUCGCUUCGAGUAAACCUUCUUCUUAUUGGGAAGCUUACUUUGUUUAUUUUUCUGCAUAUUUGAUGAUGGUAACUCAAUUAGUGGCAAAUUUCUCAAACACAUAGGUAGCGUCGUUUUGGUUUUACACCGUCUAAUUGGUAAGCAACCUUCAAGAGAUCAAGGGAUAAACUUAACAAUAGAUUACGGAGCUUUUUUUUCGAAAGGAAAGUUAAAAACUGCGAUAAUUCAGCGCUCUGGUGGAAGUCUAUUAAUCAAUUUGCUGGUCGCUCAACAAAUACGAUCGUAUCAAGUAUGACUGUGUCAGGAGAGCAAAUUCGAGGGACCCAAUUAGCAACUCAUAUUAACCAAAGUUUUCUCUCCACUACAAAUUCCAUGGCCCCUUUAUCCGAGUUGGAAAAUAACGAAACAAAUUUUGUAGACUACAACCUAACGAAAUACUAUAUAUCUGCUCAAGAUGUUUACAAGGAACUUUCAAGUCUAAAAAAGGGGAAAGCAUCAGGUCCUGACAAUAUACCAAGCUGGAUCUUAAAAGAUUUUGCUCUUGAGAUUUCGUCACCAGUUGCUGAAAUCUUUACUUCAUUUUCGGGAGACUGUAGUUCCUGAUCUAUUGAAAAAAGCUGAAGGGCUCCCAAUCCCGAAGAAAAAUAUAAUCAAAGAAGCUGAAAAUGACUUACGACCCAUUUCACUUACCCCAAUUCUUUCAAAGACCAUGGAACAUUUUGUAGUUAAAUGGAUUAUGGCACAGAUUAACCAUCUCAUUGAUCGAAGACAAUUCGGAGCCUUACGAGGACGAUCCACAAUUCAUGCACUUGUGUCCCUUUUCCACCAUCUCUUUCUGAGAAACCCGAUAAAUGUAUACGAAUUCUGUCUGGACUUCAGUAAAGCAUUCGAUAGGAUAAACCACCAGAUCCUGAUUACGAAAAUGGAAGAAAUGGAAAUAGACCCAACCCUUAUAGCAUGGGUAAGAAACUUCCUUACUGGACGAAAGCAGCGAGUAAGAAUAGGGCGAAAUGUUUUUCUAGUUUGGAACCAAUCUCGUACCCAGAGCCAUCGUUGAGUGGCUCUGGCCACACGAGUUGAGUUAAUUAGAAAAUACGGUAAAAGUACAGUAUUUUCCAAUUAACUAUUUCGUACCCAUUCUCCGGGAAUUCGCGCGCGCCAUAGUAUUUUCAAGAGGAGUGGAGAGCUAACUUUUUGCUGAAAAUAUCAAUAAAAUCGCAAUUUUUCCCGUCAAAAGCAUUAAAAUUUGUUCGGCGCAGUUAGUGUGAACAACAAGGAUACUGAGUGCACGUGUGAUUUCCGUUUAACAAGUAAUUUGAGAUGAUUGAAACACCGGCUUGUACACAUGUCAACACUCAUGGAGUCAUCGAUCAUUUAUUUUGUCUCAAAUGGCUUCUAUUUCCUUCAAAAUGUUCCGAUUUCUUCUUAAGGUAUAAGUACGUUUAAUUAUUUGUUAUAUAAAAGUAAUUUAAUAACUCUCAGCUUUAUUAUAAUAGGCUAUUCUUGAGCAAGAGCGUUGCUUGUUGCACACUGCCUUGGUUGCCUUUAAUAAUUCUUUAAUUUGUUACAAUUUAUAUUGUUCAUGUCAUCAUUAUUUUGUUUCAAGGUUAAUUUUUGAACCUUGGGCUCUGAAUUUCCAUCCUAAUUGUAGUCUAGUUAGAAUACCACAAAAUAUAUUGUGUACCCCCUAAAAAUGCAGCAGAUUUUCAGAAAUUCUAUAGCAUCCUGUGAGCUGAUCAUACCCAGUAUUUAACUAUUUAUUUAAUACUAUUAUACAUGCAUUAUUAUAUUAUGAAUCUAUCAUACCCAAGGAAUUUAAAACCAUAAUGUUAUUCUUUACACAAUGAUAAAAUAAAGAUUUUUUCUCAAUAAGGAAGGCCUGUACUGCUGUAGCAAUUGAGCAAAAGCCUGUAGCAGUAUACCAGUGUGUGUUUAUUUUUUUACUUAACUUGACUAUUUUAUAGCUUUAGUUUUACAUUUCUUUCAGAUACACCUGGGACUGUAAAUGUGAUAAUCUUUUUAUUAUGCUAAUACCUCCAGAAACAAUGGAGAAAUCAGUCUCAAGUUAAAAUUAUACAGUCCUGUAUUCUGGAUCAGUAAACAACUUGGCAUGUUGCAUUAUAAUGAAGAGUCUAAGAUAAUGAAAUACUCAAGAAUGGAAUAGUAUCGUUGGAGAAGUGCAUUGCUCAUUAAUUAUGUGAUAAAAAGUAGUUACUGGUUAACGAAUCAAGAAUCACACCUGGCCUGACUAAUAACAAUGUCCUGUUUGAAUAAGUGUAAUAUAAUUUAUACUUUCAUGCUUGUAUUGCUUGAUAGGUUGAUGUGUAGAAUGACACAUUACUGAAAUCAAUAAAGGUUUUUCAGAACUUGCAAUUCAUUUUAUGGGUACCAGGGGAACCAUUUGACAUCAUUAAGUUUUCCCAGGGGUCCCUAUGACAUCAUAAUUAUUAAAUGGGAGAAGAGGUGUUUUACAAUAUAUUACACUUUAUUGCAUAUUAUCUGGCACUGACACAAUUCUUUGUGCUUUGGAGGCCCCUUUUGAGCUGGGCUUUUGCCUGCAUCCCUACUUUUAGCAGUCCUAAAAUUGUUAAAGAUGUAUGAAGUUAUAUGAUAGUUCACUAAUAAACCUAAAAUUUGGUUUUAAUAGUCUUAUUCUGAAAAGGUAAAGUUGUUUUUGUUGAGCAUUGGACUUCAAAUACAAUUGUUAAUUGUUGCACACUCAGUUGUCCAUUACAAGAAUGAACAUCAUAUAUCUAUAUAUAGUACUCCCUGAAAAAAACAAGCAGAAAAUUAUUCAAUGUUUCAAGCGAAGGCCCUUCGUCAAGAGUUAGUAACCAACGUUGAGUUUCUGCUUGUUUUUUUUUCAGAUAGUAUUACUAUAUAACCACUCAGCUCAGCACAGCAAGACUGUGGAAUAGUUGACAAUCAUUUAUUUACCAGUUUUAUUGGCACCAUUGUAUAAAUUGUGUAGACGGUUUAAUAUUAUUACAUGCUGCACGUAGUACAUACUGCUAUUCUUAAAGACCAUGUAAAGUCUGUUCUGCGCAUGCAUUCUGCAGGCCUACACUCCAAUGGUCGGGACCCAACCAUUGGAAUGUUAUUAAUAUUUCCCACCUUCCAAACUUUCUUGAAUUGAAUUGAAUCUCUAGUCUGUAUUCAUUUACAAGCAUAGCAAACCAGAAGAGUUAAAAAUUCAGUAUAAUACAUAUCUAAUAUAUUACAACUAUAGCACUGGGUUCAGAAUGUAAACAAAGGGUUUGUUUACAUUACAUACUUUACAUGGCCUUUAAUGAAACCUUUUUUGGCUACUAACACCAAUGUUUCUGACAGAGUUGUACAGGCAAUACUGUAAACAGAAACAAUAUAUUGUAUCAUCAAACAAUUCUAUCAAACGAGUUGACAAGUUGCAAAGUCUGCAAAAGAAUCCAAAUGCUGUUUAAUUGUUACAUUCAGACCAUGAUUCAUACAUUUACAGUUCAAUUAAAAAAUCCCAAAUCUUGUAUAAACACAGUCCUAGCAUACGUGUACGCUUGUAAGUCUUGUACGCUUGAAGUUCUUUUCAAUAAUAACACUCCAAUAUAGUAGAUCAAGGACAUAUGCCAUCAUUACCAUCAAUACUCACUCAGGGUGAACCAAGAGUAUGAAUUAUUACCAUAACGAAGGCUGUUAUUUUGCCCAAAUGAAUUAAAAUAUGCAUAAAUCAACUCCUUAAUCCUUUCACCACUUUUUCGGACGAAAAGCAACAAAACAUUCGUCAAUUUCAGGCCAAAUAAAGCAAAAUAUAUCGUAUUCACUCAUAUUGGCCGCGCUCGUGCACGCCACAGGGGGUAUGGGUUCAAUAACUUAUGGAUCGACCAAUCAGGAUCGUUUUUCAAUCCCGUGUGGCCAGAGCCACUCAACGAUGGCUCUGGGUACGAGAUUGGUUUGGAACCAGUAAAUGGAGGUGUCCCUCAGGGAACAGUCUUGGGGCCUUUAUUGUUCCUCAUAAUGAUAAACGACCUGCUAACGAAUUAUCGUGAUCGAUGGAAAUAUGUCGAUGAUUCUACACUAUCAGAAACCCUCACUAGAGACCAACCAUCUUCGUUACAAUCUAUUUUGGACCGUAUUAACCAGUGGUGCGGGGAAAACGAUAUGUUGUUGAAUAUUAAGAAAUGUAAGGAACUUUUGGUUUGUUUUGGGGAAAAUAAACCAAACGUACCUCCGCUAAAGCCCCCAAAUUAUCGAGCUGGCUAGCUACGCCACUGUUACAACAGACGGAUCGGAUAUAUUGUCCGAGACAAUAUACCCUGAACUCGUUCAAUAUGAACACAACUUUAAUUAUGAUCUGAGGUACCAAAAUAAAUUAAUUCCUUAUAGAUGUAGAACAAACCGGUUUAAAAACUCAAUUGCAUGUAAAAACUUCCUAUCAUAGAUAUUUAAUAGUAUAGUGACACUUUUUAUAGACAUUAUUACAUGGGCGUACGGGCCUAAUCUUUUUUUUUGGGGGGGGCAGUGCUAGUUUGCCCGACCGUCGCUAAUUAAUAUUUCUUGUAAAAAUAAUUAGUCAUACAUAAAUUAUAAUCACCUGUAAUAUUAAUUUAAUUUCGACGUAUUUCAACCUUUGGUUGCAAUGUCAGAAACUUAAUAAACAUAUUUACAUUUAUAUUUAAUUUUUAAUGCAAUAUUGACUGCGAAGAUACAAAUAUUUCAUGUUGCAGGGCGUUUUACAGAUUGGCGAAAAAACGACAAAGUUCGAAACAGAACAAUUUUAGAAAGUUUUAUCGUGAGGUCACGGCCAGUUUUUAAAAUAUCUUCAUUUCUUUUCUAGUCAUCACCAAAAUUACACUGAAGUCGGGCUUGAAUAUACAACAAAUUUUGAAUCUCAUCAAGUACAAAAAAUAUUUAACGUCUAACUAAAAUAUGCUGAUGAAAUCGAAAUUAAAGGCUGGUAAAUUUUCAAACUAGACCCUUAUCGAGGCGGUUUUGAUGAAGGAAGUUCACCGUGCAACUGGGUCUCACAGACUUGGCUCAAACAUCAUGAGCCCCUAUUUUCCUGACGAUAUGUUUGACACCUUCAAACGCCAAAAAGGUUUUACUUUCAUUUAGCUGUAUUUGAAAUACAGGCCACGGGAUAUUUUUUUUUUCAAGCUAUUUUAACAUAUUUUCAAAAUUUGUCGAAUUUUGCGAACUUGUAUUUUGACUUAGGCCGUUGAAGUUACAUUAAGAAACAUGAGAUGGAACAUUUGAUUACGGUUUUAAGCAAGCCAUUCCUCAACGCGGUAUAUAUACGGUAUUUGCACCCAUGUUCACGUCGCCAUAUUCACUUUUUCCAGUCACUCGAUUGCAAAAUAUAUACCAAAACAAGGAAUCCAUGAUCGAUUGUUAAAAGCAUAACCGUUAAUUUGUAAAUCGUUUGAAUAGAAAGCAAAAACUCGUCAGCUAAAACAGCUUCGUGUUUGCAACCUCUCCUUUUUAAAAUGGCUGGAAAAAGACAAAUUUUGACCUUUAUUCUAAGCACGCUGUUGCCAUGGUAACAAGAGUUCAACACAAAAGUAACAAAUUGCAAUGUUCAGGAGAGCAUUGUCAAUGCGUCCAAUAAAUUUCGUGGAGGGAGUGGAAAAUAUUGAUGUUUGUAAUAAUUUUCAUAUAUCUGCUGAUGAUCUAAAACCGCAAGUGUGCAAGAUAUGGCGAGAAAAUUGAAAAACCAGACAGUGCAUGACACACGCUUAAUAUCUAGCUAUUUAGUCAAAUUGCGCGUGUUGUAUCCCCCUUAUAGUAUAGUGUGUAAAUUCAUGAAUGAUAUUUCAAUUGUCUGAGAUUGCUUUUACAGGAACUUUGGGAUAUACACCAAUGUAAAAUGUCGUUUACUUUAUAGGUGUUUGCAACCUCUCCAGAUAAUGUUCUCUCAGGUUUUGUCUCAGAGGCCACUAAUAUCAUCUUACGGAUUCGCGACUAUAAUUCCUCCGAGCUCCUAUUUGAUAUCACCAGAAAUAAUGCGUCUCAACAUUUUAUCAUGGACUGGCAAAGUAGCGCUGUCAUUGUAGAAAUACAAUUUCAGGGAUACUAUUAUUCAAAUAAUAGAGUCAAGAUAUUUCUCACAAGUCGACCAAGUAAGUUUUCAUCUUUUGUAAAUACUUUGAGAACAGGUAUCAUUGCCAAUUAUUAUAUACCGUACGUCACAUUGCAUAAGACCAAAAAUAGUUCUAGUAAUUCGACGUUGUGUUCGGUCGACACAGGCGUCACCCGUACAACCUUGCAUGAGGAACAAGGAGGAGUUUCAUUCUCGACCAAUCGAUGCAUUUGUUGACAUUUUCGCUCUAAACCAAUCAGAAUCCAUAAUUGCUUACUACUUCCGGUAAAAAACACAUAUUUGAACAGAAAAUAUAGGGUCUUAAAUAAAGCUCCGAGGGGGUCAGGAUUUUUAAUUUUUUGAUUGGAUUUAACGUGACAAGGUAAAACAAGAAAUUCCCUAAAAAUUUGCCACUGUUAUAUGCGUUUUUUGCCAAGUUUUAAAGUUAUCGGCAUUCGAACAGCAGCGUAUAAAAAGCGCGUAAGUUCGAAUGGCGAUAAUUUUAGAACUAGGCAAUACAACGCAAAUCCCAGCGGCAAAUUUCUAGAAAAUUUCUUAUUUUACCUUGUCAUGUGGAAUCUAAAAAUCCUGCCCCCCUUAGACCCUAGAUUUUCUGUUCAAUUGAAUGUUUUUACCGGAACCACGUUUUCUGUGCUCGCAGGGAAACUACCUACAAUAACCAAUUACACAUUCUGAUUGGCUUAGAGCGAAAUUGUCAACAAAUGCGCUGAUUGGUCAAGAACGAAAUUCCCCCUUGUUAGCUUGAGUUGGUAUUAAAAAAGCAACGUAUAAUGUACUGUUUAAUAACCGAGCAGGAGUAUUUUAUUAGCUUUAAAGUCACGAGCGCGGAGCGCGAGUGGCUUUAGACCUAAGUAAAACACGACCUGCGAGUUUAUUAAACGGCUUCAAACACGACUAUACAAAUUCAAUAGAUAUACUGCCUUAUUGGUAUCUUUAUAUAAAGAAUACUAAUGAGGACACGAGUAUUAGUAUUCUUUAUAUAACGAAUACUAAUGAGGAGCGUUUUAUCAGGUUUAAAGCCACUGCACGUAACAUAUUAUGGUUGACAUGAUUUGCCAAUAAUCUUAUGAAUUAUUAUUGAGUGUUUGAAAUCUGCGUUUGCCAUACUAAAUACCACCCAAUAUUUUCUCUUCAAACAUUUGCUGGAGUACCCUACUUAGCAAUUUGGAAGGUUAGGUGCAAACUGUGAACCGAGGUGGCCUUGGAACGAAAUUUUGUUCGGGCGUUCUGCAAGGCUUGGUGUUACGUCUCCAUAAAUUAGCACAGCUAACCGCCAGUACAAAGUUUAGUCUUCAUACCAACGGUAAAAACUACAUAACAUAGCAAAAAAUAUCUUAAGCUAUUUACACAAAUCGAUUACGAAACAUAACACAUAGUACAUAUAAACUAAAGUAUUCACUUACGUCCUUGCGGGAUAGUAAACUUAUAUACUCCAAUAGUCCGAUAUCUCCAACAGUUAACUCCAAAACGAUUAAAUUACAGUAA